GUUUAAUAAAUAAUGUGAAAAUCAUUAAUAAUAGCUUCAAAUGAGUUAAAACUACCGUAGAAAUACUCACAAUCCAUCAAUUAACAAAAGCCAAUUCAGGAUUUUAUCGACAAACUAGAAAUUUGGCAAGGACACGAUGUUUCAUCCAAAUCACGGAAAAAGGAUUGAGCUGAAAAAUGAGUCAAAAACAGCUAUUCGAAAUAUUAAUGAAUUUAAUCAUGGAAUUGUUCUUUCAAAGACUCCUCUAAUCGAUGACUUAAAGUUUGAGGUCCGAAUAGAUAAAAGGAUUCAUUCAUGGAGCGGAAGCAUCGAAAUUGGAGUAACAACAUCUAAUCCAGAAUCUACGGAACUGCCAGCUUGUGCUAGUAAACUUAAAAAUGGAACUUGGAUUAUGAGUGGAAUAUCCGUACUGAAAGAUGGACAGAGCUUAAUGGAGUAUUAUGGACAUGAUCUAGACAAAUUAUCUGAAGGCGAUAAAGUCGGUGUGAUGAGAAGUUCCAAAAGCGAGCUUAUAUUUUUUAUAAACGGUGAAUCUCAAGGCAUUGCAGCACGUGAUAUCCCUAGGAAUGUUUAUGCAUUAGUCAAUUUGUAUGGAAAAUGUGGUCAAGUUACUAUAAUUAGUGAAGAUAUCCCAGUAGAAGAAGAGACUCCGUCAACACAUGUUUCACAGAAUAUUGAUAUUCCUUUGUCUGUGGAAUUAAAUGUAGAUUCUACAUUAUCAUUAAUCGAUUCACCCUUUUUUGAUCCGAAUGAUAAGUUAAGAUUCCAUUCAAGAUGUGGUUCUCUUGUUAAAUUAACUGGGAAUUUUCGAUGUGCAGAACGUAGACGUCCAUAUGAUGAGUUUAAUAAUGGAAUCGCGAUGACUCAUCGACCACUAAGAGACAAUGAAUUAUUUGAAAUUCGAAUUGAUCGGCUUGUUGAUAAGUGGUCUGGCUCAAUUGAAGUGGGUGUGACUACUCACUGUCCCAAUGCUCUACAAUUUCCAGCAACAAUGACAAAUUUAAGAUCCGGAACUAUAAUGAUGAGUGGCUGUGGUAUUUUAACAAAUGGUAAAGGAACACGCAGAGAAUAUGGUGAAUUUAAUUUAGAUGAAUUGAGAGAAGGUGAUCGAGUAGGAAUGAUGAGAAGAUCAAAUGGAAAUCUUCAUUAUUUUAUUAAUGGACGUGAUCAAGGAAUUGCUGCAAAUCGGGUUGCAUCACAAUUAUGGGGUGUUAUUGAUCUUUAUGGAAUGACUAUAAAAGUCACAAUCGUUGAUCCAGAUGAGGCUGAGCAGCAAAAUUUGCAGACCAGACGUAACAAUUCUACUAAUAUACAUCCAAUGCCUUCAAUCGAGUCAUCAAUAGUUCAGUCAGAUUAUGAAGAUCGAAAUAAUGAUCGUCUUAGUUUCCAUCAAGUUUGUGGAACAAAUGCUCAAGUUACUCACAGUUUAAGGACCUGCUUACGUCCAAAUGCUGCAGAAGACUUUAAUAACGGCGUUGUGCUGACAAGAAGACAUUUAAAAAAUAAUGAAGUCUUUCAAGUACGAUUAGAAAGAAUUGAGAAGAAAUGGGCUGGAUCCAUUGAAAUUGGAAUUACUACACAUUCUCCCUUAGAUCUUGAAUUUCCGUUUACAAUGACUAAUGUUCGAUCAGGCACAUGGAUGAUGACUGGGAACGGAGUGAUGCAAAAUGGUACAACGAUAAUUGAGCAAUAUGGACAGAAUUUAGACAGGCUUCAAGUUGGUGAUUGUGUAGGAGUUGUUGUUAGGGAUGAUGGAAUUGAAAGAAGGCUCCAUUUCUUUGUUAACAAUAUUGAUCAAGGUCCAGCAGCAGACAAAAUUCCUGACAAAGUCUAUGGUGUUAUUGAUCUUUAUGGUCAAGCUGCACAAGCAAGCAUUGUUGACGUAUCAUCGGAAUGUCAAACGCCAGACGAAACUGCAAAUUCCACAAUAUCCAACACGACAUUAUUCAGUACAGAACCAAAGCUGAGAUUUCAUCAUAUUCAUGGUAGAAAUGCUCGAUUAUCAAAUAAUGGAUUAACUGCCAGUAGACCGAAGGCAUUAAGUGAAUUCAAUGAUGCAAUUUUAUUUAGCAACCGUCCGUUGAGGCAAAGAGAGCUAUUCGAAGUUAUAAUUGAAAAUGUCGUGGAGCAUUGGAAUGGAUCAAUUGAAAUCGGUGUGACUGGAGUUCGACCAGAAGAUUUGACACUUCCAAGCACUGCAACUGAUUUAUCUUUGAAUACUAUUAUGGCUUCUGGAACUACUCUAAUGCUAAAUGGAGUGACUGUAAGGAAUGAUUUACCAUUUGAUCUAGACAAUUGCAAGUCAGGAUGUCGAAUAGGAGUCAUGAGGAAUGGAAAUAACAUUAAUUUCUUUAUUAAUGGCAUUGAUCAAGGAUGUGCACAUGAAUGUCGUGCUCAAAACAUUUAUGCGGUUAUUGAUCUUUAUGGACAGUGUUCACAAGUUACUUUAUGUACAGGAACAAAUGUCGUAGCACCGUACGCAACAUCAGAGAAUUCUCAAAGUCUGCAAAUUACAUCAAUUAUUCAGCCAACAACGGACAUAAAACAUCAUCGAUUUUCUGUCAUUUCAGGGAAUUGUGCAUUACUACAAAAUUGGACAGUUGCAGUACGAUGCACAAAUUCACCUCUAUCACGUUGCUUGGUAUUUUCUGAGCGAAAUCUUGUCGCAGGCGGUGAACCAUUUGAGAUUCGCAUAAAGGAAAUGAAUACAUUCUAUGCUGGUCACAUUCGAAUUGGCGUGACUGAUUUGAAUUUAUCAGAUGAGCAUAUACGAAAAAAUAUCCCAACAACUAUUAAAAGAUUGGGUGCGAAUGUUUGGUACGUGACAGGAAAUGAAGUUCGACACAAUAAUCAGCUAUUGAGAAAGUCCAUGGCAUCUGUUGAAUGGCUACGUGUUGGAGAUAAAAUAACGUUAGAAUUAACAGCAACAAAGACUUUAAAAAUCUUAUUAAAUUCUGAAGAUGUUAACAUUUAUUUUGAUGACAUUCCUGAGAAUGUACAUGUAGUUGCGGAACUUCAAGGUGCAAUUAUGGCUGUACAAAUUGUUUCGACUCAAACUCCACAAUCUCCAUUACGACCUUAUAAUCUAAGAUUACAGGAUUCACUCGAAUUAGGAUUAGAUUUAAAUAAGAACGACUCAAUGUUGGAAUCAAUCGAAGCUGAUCUUUUUGUGCAUGAAUUCCACGAAAAUUGUGGCUCUAAUGUUCGAUUAAGUGAUGAUAAAAAGUCCGCAACAAGAUUUCAAUCAUAUAAUAACGGAAUCAUCUGCAUGUCUAAGCCAUUAUCACGUGGACAAAGUGUAAGCUUUAAAGUCACUCAAUCAGCAGAGUCAAAAUGGAAAGGAACAUUGUCGAUUGGAUUAAUUGGAUUAAAUCCUAAUAAUAAGUUCACAUUUCCAUCAACUGCCAUAAAUUUGGAAAAGCCAUGCUGGAUUGUGUCACAAGAUCAUUUCAACAUUAAUGGCGUUAAGACCAAGACAUUAAAAUUUACAGAUGCAUUUGAUCAAAUUAAAACGGGAACAAUUGUUACAUUGGCAUUAAACAUUCAAGGAGCACUAUCAUUAACAAUUGGAUCUACAUCAUUCCAAGACAUUAUUGUUGGACUUCCAAAUUUCGUAUAUCCAAUAUUUGAUAUUUAUGGAAAGUGUCAGAAAAUCACAUUAGUUUCUGGUGACAACCAACGAAUUCCUUCGUCUAUAAGCGAUGACAAUAUCGUUAAUCAUGAAUCUGAUAGUAUACAGCAAAAUUGCGAGAAGGCUGAUUUGGAAGUUCAUGAGAAAGAAACAGAUCAAAUUUUAACUCCAACACCUAGCACAUCAAUAAAUCCAAUGAGUCGAUCAGUAAUGGAAAGCGUCUCAGCGAAUGAAUUCACUAAUAUGAGCAUCAAGAACAGAACAGCAAAUGAAGCUAGAAAUCAGGAAUUGUCAAGUUCAUGUUGUCUUCGUGAUUCUCUUCAACUACAGCACUCGACAAACCUAAACAUUCAACGUUCACAAAGCACACAUAGAUUUACAAGUUUAAUGAAUAUUUAUCAUCACAUGGAAGAAAAUCGUGACGUCCCAUCCAUCGAAAACUUAAGAUUACAAUCGAAUAGAAUUAAUAAUGAUCACAUUAAUAAUACGACAAGGAAUGAAAGUAUAGCACAACAACAGCAUCUUCAUAACAUUAACAAUAUUGCUGGAUGUAGCAGUAAUAAUAAUAAUAAUAAUAAUAAUCAGAGUGUUGAUAACAGCAAUGAGAAUAACGAAAGUGGAAGUGAAGAAACGAGGAAUGAAGAUUGUGAAUAUUUGAAGCUUUUACUUGGAUUUAAAAGAACUUUAAUGCUGCCUGACAUUUAUUUCCUUCCUAAUUUAUCUCCAUUAUGUUACUGUGAGAAGUGCUGCAAGCCUAAUGCUCCGCUAAAAGGUUGGGUGAAAUUUACAAUAAAUCAACAAAUAACGAAUCCUCAACAGCAAGAAAGCUCAAAUGAAAAUUGGAUGACAGCAUAUUGUGCAACAAGAGUCGAUAAGAUUCGCUCAGUCUUAGAUCAUGGCCAGCCAGCACCGAAUGCAGAAAUAGAACAAUCGCUACUUAUGCGUGAUAACCAAAGUGAAUCGAGUGAUAUUGAGGAUUUAAUUAAUGGAAAAUACAUAAUUUUAAGAGCACAGCCGUCAAAUAAGGAUAAAAUUGAUAAACCAUUCGUCCAUCGAUAUAUGAGUAAUGGCAUUUUCUAUCGUAUAUGCACAACUUUUGAAGUUAAGGUUAAGACAUCAGCAAUUAAGAACUUGGAUGUCUCUAGUCAGAACUGUAAGAUUUACACUACCAAAGAGGCAAAUGCUUGUAUCCUCAAUAGUUUAUGUAUUUGUCUUGUUCCUAUUUAAAUUGACGAAAUUUUGUGACUUCUUUUAAGCUUGACUGUACAUUUUAAAGCUAUUUAAAAUUAUAUUCAGACAAGGAUUAAUAAAAAAAAAGUUUAAUUUGCU